AAAUGAAGGCCGCAGCUACCCUUGUGCUGCUCUUCGCUGCCAAGGCAUUAUCCCAGGCACAGCCUAACCGCACUGUGAAGGCGCUCUUCUUCACCCGUGUGGACUCGGACACCGGCGAGGGCAGCCUGAUUGACCGCCCGCUGCUGCCGCCGCCCGACGUCAACCCUUUGCUGGCCUACCCCUGGACCAUAUUUGCGGAGGUGGACACCACAGGCAUCACCGACAAGUUUGCCUGGCGGGUGGCCUUCACCGUCUGGCGCCUUGACACCGAUACCGGCACUGUCGUCUACCGAAUGGCCCGGCCGUCGCCCUUUGUGCUGUGUGGCGCGAGGGAGAGGAGGCAGGGCUACACGGGGUUUGGGCUGGACGAGGGACCCCUCGAGGGAUGCGACAAGAGUCCGCGGCUCAAGCCCGGCCGGUACCGUAUAGAGGCGCAGCUCACGCACAGAAGCAAAGACGUGGGCGAGACGGUGUCGGCUUUGUUUGAGGUGCCGACCCUCACGCCAUCGCACCUCGACUGCUUCAAAGCGGGGGGCGUCCUCAAUCUCACUGGCAUCGACGUCGACUCGCCAUCGGCCGUCUCACCCGCUGCGCAGAAGCUCGCCUUGUGCUGCCCCGCCGAGUGCCCGUCGUGUGACUCCCCCCCUGCCCCAGGCGAGCCCGAGAACUCAAGGUGCCGUGUCAACAACCACGGCAGCAGCAGCAAGACCGCCGUAGUGCAGCAGGUGGGCGGGGGUCCAAUGGCCAAGUGCGGCGAGGGUGGGGCAGUGAGUCCGUGCCAGGUGGAGCCGCCCGAGGGAAUCGCCAACUUUUACUUCUGGAACUCCGACUACGACCAGCGCAUCCGCCGGCCGCUGCAGGGCCCCCCGACGGUCAACCCACUGCUGGCCUACCCCUUCAACAUGCAGGCCACCAUCUUCCCCCCAGGCGACAAGAAUGUCAUCAGCAUGCAGUACAUCCUCAGAAGGCCCACGGCUGAGGGCAACACAACCACCGGCCAGCCAGCUCAGGACGCCCCGUGGUCGAUUGUGAGUGAGGUGCUGGUGCGUCGGGGCCCCUUCACUGUGUGCGGCACGAUGCAAAAGGGGCUCGACAUUCUGGCCUGCGGCAACGGGACCAUGGCGGCGGAUGCGGACGAGCCCAUGGCUGUGAUGGCGAUUGGGGAGCCGGGGGUGUAUGAGAUAGAGGGGCAGGCCUGGUACGUGUCCGAGGACGGUGUGGCCAAAUCAAGGGCCGGAGAGGCCAAGAAAAUCCAGAUCGAGCUGCCCGGUCAGUGAGCGCACCGCCAGAAGCACACACACAGAGAUACAGACAGACAGACAGACACAUGGACUGACUGUUCCCCCCUCCCCUCCCCCUCCCCUAUGGUCAGAGUACAUCAGUGCUGAGGCCACCGAGUGUUUCGGGUCGAUGGGCAUUCUUGACGACUCCCAGCACGUGUGCUGCCCGGCAGAAUGUGGCACCUGCGACAGCUCAGCCGAGUGUGCCAGCAGGACGUCCCAGCUCGAGCAGGCGGGCGUGGCCCCCGCCAACACACAGUGCUGCGCAGACGCCAUCCUCAGCGAGGGCGUGGCCUGCCUGGGGCAUGUGGACCCAGCCACACAGCAGCGGGAGAGACACAUGGCACCCUGUGUCACAAGUAAGGGGGACGGACACCCUCCCCACCACCACCACCACGCCACCACACAAAUGGCUGGCUGUCUGCCCGUCUUGUCUGGUCUGGUGCAGACGAGGCGCUGCCCCACAAGUUCCACUUUAUCCAUACGGCGACCAACACCGUCGUCGACUACGAGUGCAAGCCCUACCCGACCCCCCAGAUGCUGCUGGCCAGCCCCUGGAACCUCCGUCUGACCUUCAGCGGUAUGCCCACCGAGGUUGCUGGCAGCCUCGUGAGGUGCUACUUUGAGGUGGAGAGGAAGGCCGACUUCACCGUGGUAUACUCGAAGAUGUACGAGAAGACUCUUGACCAAGUGCAGAUCACACAAAACGGCGAAAUGGUCUGGGACAUGUGCGGUGACGCGCCAUGCACCAGCGAGGACAUGACUGCGGGCGAGUACGUCGUGAUGACCUGGAUGACCGACGGCGACGGGGUCAUGUUCGGCAACACCAGGAAAAUGAUACUCGAUAUGCCGGGUGGGUCAGCAGACAGGGAGGGAGACAGGGAGAGAGGGAGGGGAGGAAGCCCCACCCGUCGAUCCACAACGGUGUGUGUGUGUGUGUGAUUUGUGCAGAGAUCACCUCGACGGAUCAGCAGUGUUUCGACGUUGAUGGCGUGCCUGACGCCAACGGUGGCCCCGGAUGCUGCCCCGAUGCGUGUGGCACAUGUGGGGAGACGGGCUGCGAGAGCACAGAUCUCGGCGCGGCUAACUGCUGCCCGAGCAGCUUUGAGGCGACUGCACCCUUGUGCAGCGCUCCCAACGUUGCACCGCCAUGCGGUGAGUGACGACCAUCGAACCACAAUGGGUGGGGUUUCAUUCAUGGCAUCCACGUCAUUCAUGUGUGUGUGUGAUGUUGAUCUGAUCGAUGGUGGUGCAGUGGUUGACUCUGUUGAAGACCCGGGCACACCCAUGCCGUCGGGAACGCCCUCUCCCGAGCCCACUCCCAUAUACGGCCCCGAGCCGCCUCCCUCCCCCCCUACUGGCUCUCCCGUCCCCACCCUCCCCUCGCCCACUGACACGCCCACAGCCGCCCCGGUGCCUUCUGUGGUGCCGUCUGAGGUGCCUUCGGUGGUGCCUUCUGUGGUGCCUUCUGUGGUGCCGUCUGAGGUGCCUUCGGUGGUGCCGCCUUCUGAUCCCACGUCUCAGCCAUCGGAGACGCCAACGGAAAAUCCGCCGGACUCUCCGCCGGUUGGUGAUUUCAGUGGGGGGUGGGCAGAUCUGGUUACCAAGUCGCUGCUCUUCUACGAGGCCAACAGGUCGGGCGACCUCCCUGACGACAACCGCAUCCCUUGGAGGGGCGACUCGGCACUCAACGACGGAAGCGACAUCGGUAGGGAUGUGUGGGUACGGCACAACCACACACAGAGUCACAGAGUGGGUGUGUGGUGCGUUCAGGAGCUGACCUGGAGGGUGGUUACUACGACGCGGGCGAUCACGUCAAGUUCCACCUGCCGAUGGGCCUGACGAUUUCGUACUUGGCCUUCGCCUACGUCGAGUUCAAGGAUGUGUUUGUGGGCAGCGGCAACGGCCAGUACGGGCUCGACGCCAUCAAGUGGGGCAGCGACUACUUCCUCAAGGCAUGGCUCGGUGGCAACAGACUCGUGGGGCAGGUCGCUGACGGCGAUACCGAUCACGCCUACUGGGGCAGGUCAGUACGCUCCAUUCCUAUCUCCUGCUGAUUGAUUGAUUGAUUCGCUGUGUGUGGGUCGGGUGGAUGGCUGGCUGCACUCACUGCAGGCCAGAGCAGAUGACCAUGGCUCGGCCUACCGGCACGCUGAACAGCAACUGCCCUGGAUCGGACGUGGCAGGUCAGUGGGAGGGUGGCGUCUGUUAUCGCACAGCACACCCACGUCUGUCUGUCUGUCUGUCUGACUGUGUGCCUGUGGGCAGGUGAGACUGCCGCAGCGCUGGCUGCCACGUCGAUGGCUUUCGCAGAUUCGGACUCUGCCUACUCGACGACGUGUCUGUCGACCGCCCAGGAGGUCUACAAAUUCGGCAAUGAGAACCGGGGCUUGUACAGCAACUGCAUCACCGACGCACAAUCAUUCUACGGAUCGAACCAAUAUUUUGACGAGCUGGCCUGGGGGGCCGCAUGGCUGUACCGCGCGACGGGCGACGAGGCCUACCUCGCCGACAUAGAGGCGAUAAAGGCAGACCCAGGACUAUAUCCGUGGGGCCCGACUGACUGGAAUGAAAAGGCAAGACAGAAGGAAAGACACAACCAGGGAGGGAGAGAGGGAGGAAGGGAGGGAGGGGAUCUUGUGGGUGGUGUGGGUAUGUUCGUGUGUGUGCCUGUGUGUGUGCAGACAACUGGGACGAUUCUGUGUCUGGUGAGAGGGCUGCAGAAGCACAAGCCCGACAGCGGUGAUAUUCAGACAUACAUGGGUCAGCUCGACAGUGUCGUCACCACCUGGAUGCCGGGAGGCACGUAAGCCAAGCCGCUUCGCUGCACACGUCACCACAAGGGGGGAUACAUAGUCAGUCUCCCCUCCAUCUCCCUGUCUCCCUGUCUGUCUGGUGCAUAUUGCGUGUGUGUGUGUGUGCCUGCGUGUGUGUGUGUGUCAGCUUUACCUAUAACCCUCAAGGGCUCUACUGCUUUGGAGACUGGGGGAACAACCGGUGCGUACGCGGCACACAGGCACCAACACUGGCCCCUCCCUGUCCACCCCACCCCACCUCUCCAUCUGGCUCAUUGAUUGAUUGAUUCAGACAUGUGGGCAACGCCUGUUUCAACGCGGGUCUGUACGCCAUCUUUCUGAGGGAAGACAACGCACAAGAUGGCCGUGCCGCGGAGAUCAUCUCAUGGGUCAAGCAGCAGAUGGAUAUCAUCGCCGGCAACACCGGAAGCCGCUCCUAUGUGGUGGACCACGGCAACGACCCGCCGCAGAAGGUCCACCACAGGGCCGCCAGCUGCGAUCCAGACCCCACCUUUACCCAAGUGAGCCGAAGGACAGACAAAGACAAGCAAGAGGAGGGGCCGGACGCAUCGCAUCGGCUCGACCAAUCAAUGCCCUGCCUGCCUGUGUGCAUAUGGUGUGGUGUGGGUGGUUUGGUGUGCGAGCAGGAUUGCGGAUACCAAGGUGGUGGCCUAGGCAACGCAGGGCCGAACCCCAAUGUAGGUGUAGGCAGAUAGAGUAAUGGACAGAACCAAAGCAAGCAGUGCGUGCAGUGAGGGAAAUGAAUCACACGACCGACCGACCGACCCACCGACCCACCGAGAUGGAUGGCCAAUGGGUGUGGUGUGGUGUGGUUUGACUGACCUCUUUGUCUGUCCAGAAACUAACGGGUGCGUUGGCGGGCGGCCCAAACUGCGCCGGUGUGUACAACGACGACCGUCAAGACUACCAGACCAACGAGGUGACCACCGACUACAACGCAGGAUGGACGGGGGCACUCUGUGUGCUGGCCCACCUAGACUCAAUCGGCGCACUCGCGGUAGGUGCUGGCUGGCGCGACGCAUUUCGGGCCUGGAUGUGGUUUUGGUUGUGUUAUUGUGUGGAAUAUGUGCCUUGUGUGUGUAGAAUCUGCCCGAGGUGGUGGAGCACGUCGAAGACGCCGCCAACGCGAUCUACUACGCCCGUAACUACGAACUGGGAGGCCAACUGGUUAGUCAGUCAGUCAGUGUGUGGCGCACACUGCAGCACACCACACCAUUGAUUCAUUCCCUGGCUGGCUAAAUGUGUGUGUGCGUGUGUGUGUGUGUGUGCAGAUUGCACGGUAUCAGUACCGCUUUAGGUGCGGCUGUCGGCUGACCGACAUCAAAACGCCAUUCACCGGCGAAGACGGCGAGACACAGUGCCUUCAAGACUGGGUGCACACCGCACAGACAACACCACCCACCCCAAUCACUCGCUACACACACACACACACACAGACAGACAGACAGACAGACGUGUGUGUGUGUGUGUGUGUGUAGGAGAAGGAGGGUCUCUGUCUGGAUGAAGAUGAGUCGGAGGACAUCACCGUCACGGUGGCCGGCAGCGCCGAUGGGAACGCCACCUUGGUCGACCCCUCCCUGCUGUCGGACCAGCAGCAGCUGAUCCAGAAGCGCAGCAGCGCCAGCAGGACGAGGGAACUCACCCAAGACGGUUUCCUCAGGCCACCGGGGGGCAAGUGACCCGUGUGACCCGUGGACAGGACAGACGAGAGAGACGGCCGUCGUCAGUCAAUCGUCUCGCUCUCCCCCCUCUCUGCUACAUACAGAUGUGUGUUAUGUGUGUGUGUUGUCGCGUAGAUUAGAUGUAUGUAUGGUGUUGUCGGUUUUCUAACCCUUUGUCCUUCCUGCAAAUGAAUGGAGGGUGGGUGGGUGUUUGGUGGGGUGGGUGGGUUGGCUCGGUGUUUUCUGAUCGGUCCGGUCGGCUGAUAGAUCUGAUUGGUCGCUUUGCCAGUCAGUCCAUCGCCCUUCGAUCCUUACUUGCCACGCUAUGCUGCUACAGUACCGCUAGCUGCUGCUGUCAAUGUCUGUCAGUCAUGUCACCAUCCAUUCCAUCCUAUCGCGAGAUCCACUCUCGCCUUCUCUCCCUCUCUCUCUUGGCGCUGGCGUGUGUAGCGUCUGGCUAGGUGUGGCCAUGCUUGGUCCAUCCAGCACUCUUGACCCUCUCCCUCUCCCUCUCUCUCUCUCUCUUCAUUGUCACAUGAUUGAUCCACGUCUCAUCGCCGCCGCCAUGCUGAUGCGCCCCUUUGGUCUAGGCGCAGUGACUGGGGGGGCGCACAGCACAGGCAUGGUCUGUCUGUCUGUCUGUCUCUCUGCAUCCAUCCAUCUAUCGGUCCAUCCUCUCUCACCUGAGGACGGCGUAGAAGACUCGUGUCUCGCGCUGCUCCUCAUUGCUCAUCGGUGUAUGUCACUCUCGCCGCAUUCAUUCUCACAUCCAUCCAUUCUAUCGCUCAUUGAGCUCACUCAUUCACUCUCUGCUCUGUCAUUCUUUCUCCUCACCGUCCGUCCGUCCGUCCGUGUGUCACUGUCUGUCUCGCCACUCGUUGUAUAGACCAGACAGCCGUCGGGCAGGGAGGCAGGUUUUGGUGGCUGACGACCAACACAUACACACAUACGGGGAGGUGGGAGGGUUCAAUUGGGAGGGAGGCGACAUACGUGAGUGAGGCUGAGGACGCUUCGCUUCCCCUCCCCCUUUUUGCUGUGAUGGCGGGGCGGGGCGGGGCUGGCGGUCUAUCUUAUCUAUCGCAUGAAUGAAUGAAUGAAUGCACACGUACCCUACCGUACCGUACGGCUCUUAGUAGUGUGCGUUCUGGCGUGACAGUGGCGCGUUACGGUUUGUGGUCAUUUUGCCAGGUAUGCAUGGGAGACAAGGCAGCCACUGAUUGGUCGAGUCGAUUCGUUGCUGGCUGGCUGCAGGUUUUUGCUUCAGCGGUCGGUCGGUCGAGGGCCGGGUCAGUCAGUCUUCAUACGGUCUAUCUGUCUGUGCGUACAGAAUAUGUGGGAGCGGAGCACCAAGCCAGGGAGUGUUUUAGGGAGAGCUUGUAGUCAGUCAGUCAGUUUCAGUCUGUCUCGUCCACACAUCCACACACACACACACACCCCCACACUGGGCUAGCUCACACGCAUCGCAUCGCAUCGCAUCAGUCAGGCUGGCUGGGCUGCCUGCAGCUGUUUACGUGUACAUACCGCACCGCCAUGUGGCCGAGCCGAGAAGGCCCCACACCACACGACAUCCUGCCAGCCACGCCAUGCCAUGCCAUGCCAGUGCGUCUAGUGUAAUCAAACGUACUGAGGUCUGUCUAUAUGUCUGCAGGUCACUUUUUUUGCUCAACCCACUUCAUUCCUUUCGUCCUUUCGACCUUUUCCUUCCAUGCCAUGCCGCGCCGAUAAUUCAUUGGAUGGUGCCGUGCAUGCCACGCUGACUGACCCUUUGCUGUCGGUGCACACACAGACAGACAGACAGUACAGUCAGUGUCCAUCACCAUCCACGGUUGGUUCAUGCACUGCACGCACGUGUCGUGUCGUGUCGUGUCCGCACAUUCAUUGGUUCAUGUCUGUGUCAGUCAGACAAGGAAGGAAGGAGAGACAGACGAUAGAUUGUUGGAAAGACAGACAGAGCUGCAUGUCAUGUGAUGUGAUGUCAUGUAUAGCCAGCCACCCUCUCCCAUCCCACCUACAUACACGUCCCAUGCCAUGCCAUGCGUGCCGCUCUCUUCUCGCUCACACAUAUCCAUCCAUCCAUCCAUCCAUCCAUGGCAUGGCAUCCAACGGGCUAGCCUUCUCUUCCCUCCCUCCCUCUCUCACACUGUCUGUCUGUCUGUCUGUCUCUCCGUCUUUCUGACUCGUCUUGGUGAGUGAGUGAAUGUAUCUAAGCACAGUGAUCUCGACCCCUCCCACUCACUGCAUGAGCCCCUCCCUCCUCCCUCAGUCUCUCGUCCACUUUCCGUCUCUCUCUCUGCUCAUCCUCCUUACUUUGUGUCUCGCCUGCCUGCCUGCCUGCCUGCCUGUACUGAUAGCUAGACCAUGGGAUGCACUGCACCAACAAACAAACGAAUGAUGGAUGUCACGUCACACCACUUGUUUCGCCGUGACGCAUACAUGUCAUGUGUGGUGUGCAUGGCCGACCAGAAAGACUGACACGACACGACACGACACCCCCUCGCUCGCACGCAAUGUAAUAUGGACGCGUUGUGCGUUGCGUUGCAUUGCGUGAUCGAAUGUGUGUGUGUGUGUGUGUUUGCGUGCUUUCAUGAUGCCAACGCAUACGGUGCGUGGAUUCGAUGACGCCAAGCUACUCUCUUGCAUGAUCGCUCCCUCAGUCAGUCAGUCAUUUUUGGGACGCAACCUACCGAACCGACACACCCAACCCACCCACCAAGCAAGUGCACAUGGGAGCGGGGAGUCCGUUUGUGUGUGUGGGGAUGGAUGGAUGGAUGGCCACAUACACACCAUACGUACGAUGAAUCAUUUUGAUUGCAUUCUAGUGCACACAAUGAAUGCACCCGUGCCGUGCAGGGAGGGACACAACGUACCAGACAUGCCGAACGAACCGAACACCACACAAGUUAGUGUCAGUCAGCGAUGCUCAUGUGACGUGUGUGUGUUACUGUAUGUGGUAGCGGCAGACACCGUACCUGACGAGAAUGAAUGACUUUUUGCAACUGUG